GACCGGAAUAGCUGCGCUUUGCUGAGGAUGUUGUAGCGGCGGGUGAAAUCCACUCUUCUGUCAACCUACGCAGGACUCCGCAGAAUAAACAGGAGAUAAAUGUCGUCUCCAGUUCUGGGAGAUGAAGAUGAAGUGGAGGAUGAAGUGGAGUUUGUAUCAGAGGGCCCUCUACGACCAGUAUUAGAAUGUAUUGACCUGUCGAGUGACAGUGAUGAUGAGGGGUGUUCAUCCAUGGCAGGCCCACUUGAAGAUAAAGUUAGCCGUAACAAAGCACGCGUUGCGUCUACUCUUGACAGACUGGCACACCAGGUGGAGCGGGACAGGAAGGAAAGAGCAGAUAAAUGCAAGGCUUUCAAGGAGAAACAAAUCCUGCAGAAAGUUCACGGACAGCAGGAACUGGCUUUUAGUUCUCCGAAUGGAAAUAAUCAGGAGGCGAAGCGCUGCGUCGACAUGUGGCUAAAGAUGCCAGGUGUCAAGCCUGGUGUGAUCAGCGCAGGUUCUGGGAGACGACAGCGACCUGCUUUCAUCCCCAGAAAUAGUUCACUCAGACACACUUGUCCAGUAAUUAACUGUGGCCGAGUUUAUGAAAAUGCUUCCCUUCUUGAAGGACAUUUAAAAAGGUUUGAUCACUCCCCCUGCGACCCUGCAAUCAGUCUUAAAGGCUGUCCGUCUGAGCUCUUCGCCUGUGUUGCCUGCGGCGAAUAUUUCCCAACCAAAGACGUGUGGCGGAAACACCUCGAGUCAAAGGCAUCCUCCCUUUGUGCCGAUGGUCACAGCAUCGACCAGACCUAUCAGAAAAUUGCGUGUUUUGCUUGCCCCGCCUGCUACCUCUUCUUCAACCUCCGAGACGAGUGCCUUCAGCACAUGUCAGCCAGAAACCACUUUGCGGAGUCGCUCGUCAUGAAUGAAACCAGAGACAGAGCUCUGCCGGUUCCCGUCCCACAAUAUGCCAAGAACCGCCUCAUUGCUUUGUGCAAGGAAACAGCUUUCAAUGUCCGAUGCUCUUUAUGCCACAAAGUACUGAUCUCACACCGGGAAGCUCAAGCUCACUUCAAUGUCCAUUGCAGACAGGGCUGCGCUGUGGCCAAGGCCGACAAAACAGUGGUGCAGAUAAUAAAGCAGCUUCAGGUGCGAGGACAGUGUUCCCGCUGCUGCAAGACCUUCCUCAGCCAAAGUGAGCUGGAGAGGCACAAAGAAUCGACGCAGCACGAUGUCGAGUUCAAUCAAACUAUGGCUCAGGCUCUUCUCCAGUACAGCAGAUUUCAUGAAAUCCAACAUGCCAAGAGGGUUACAGAGAAAAGACAGUCCGCAGGGCAUGAUGCACCUUUUCCGCUAAAUAACAAGAAUGCGAGUGAUCACAGCGGCUCUCCAGCUAAGCGGAAACGGUUUGGUCCAGUCAUGGAGGCCCACAGUCGGAGGAGGUCUUUGACUGCGUGGUGCUGUGAGUGUGGUCUUCAGUUCUCAGAGGAAGACACGGCCAGCAAGCAUCUCAUGGCCGUCAACCAGAUUUUCCAUCAGUGCGGCGUGUGCGGCAAACACAUGGGGGAGUCCUCGGUCACGCGUCUGCACUUGAGCCGCUUCCACGGCGGCGCCCACCUCUCCAACUUCCUCUUCUACUGCCGCAAGUGCAGAGUGGAGAUGCCCCGGUACGAAGACAUCCUCUCGCACGUGUUGGACGCCCACAGCGGACACACCUACUACACCGAGCGCGAGAUACCCGAGGAGCUGGCCGAAUUGUUUACCGCUAAGCCCUCCACAAGCAGCAAGGUGGACCAGUGCUCGUCGACGGCGCCGCAGAGCGCAGCGGAGACGCCGUCAAAGGCGGAGAAGACCUGGAUGUGCAGGAUGUGUGAAGACGUCUUUGACUCGGAAGCGGCCGUGUCCAGACACUGCGGCGACGUGAGCAGCCACAGCUUCCAGAGGUUCAUGUGCGGACACUGCCCGCAGAAGUUUUUCAAAGAGUCCACCGUCCGGCGGCACUGCGUGAACGAGCACGACGGGCAGAUCAGGAGCUCCCACUACUGCGGCCUCUGCGACAGCAUGCAGUUCAAUUCUGAGGAGGAGUUCCUGGAGCACUACAGCAGUCUGCACAGCAGGGACUACUACUGCAUGGACGAUGACGGCGAGGUUGUUCAGCCUGCCGUCGAUCAGACGAGCGGUCAGAGCAGAUGUCCGUGCAUGGGUUCAGAAAAGAGCAAAGAGGAAACGAAAGCGUCUUACACUCGGUGCAUGAGGAAUCUGGCCGCUGAGGGAAAGUGUCAGUAUGUGUGUGCUCCCUGCAGCGUGUCUGUGGCCUCGUACGCACAGAUCAAGACCCACAUCCACACCAAACACACAGCCUUGAACCUGGAGAAGACCUUUGAUGUAGAAUGCCAGAGUUGCCAAGAGAGUUUUACAGGCGUACCGGAUUUCCAUAGACAUUACCACGACCGCCACUGUGCACUCCAGCCGUGUGAGAGUUCCAGGACCUGCAGGAAAGACCAGAACCCAGAAUCAACCAGUGUGAAAAUACUCAAUGCUGUGGAGAUCAGGCCAGACAGCAGUGAGAUCGAUGACAAAACCUUGACGGAGUUCAUUGAUGAGAUCAACAAAGAAAGUGAGGGUGAUUCAGAUGCUGAGUUGAAAGAAGCACUUACUCUGAGUGCAGAAGAAGCACGAAGAGAAUCAGCUGAGUUGGAAGAAGUUCUUCAAAGAAGUCUCCAAGAGUUUUAAGCUCUCUGUAGUUUUAUACGACCUCCCUUCUGUCAAACUGUUUUGUACAAGAUGUUUGUGUUGAACAACUGUUAAAUAAAUCAAUUAACCAGAACAGUGGUCCCUUGAUUUGGAAUGUCACUUUGAGCUUUGGAUUCGUGCAGAACACGGUGUUGUGAAGAUUCCAGAUUGGGGUGUUGACGCGUGCUAUAGUUGGCACCGAUGACACUGCUAGAUGCCGCAAGCUGAACUUGUGACCACAACUGUGUCUCCGAUUGCAGGCUCAGUUUUCAGUGCAGACUCAGAAUUCAGUGUAUUGUGUGCUUCUUUCCUAGGAAGCAGUGAAGCACGUCUU